AUGGCCGCCCCUACUGCCCUCCCGCAGCUCACUAGGAGCAAACCAGAGGGCAUUGACCUCUAUGCUCGCUUCGCUCUUGCCGGCGCAUUGGGCUGCUCUAUAACGCACGGCGCCUUUACGCCGGUCGACGUUGUCAAGACUAGGAUCCAGCUUGACCCUGCAACCUACAACCGUGGCAUGAUCGGUAGCUUCCGUCAGGUCAUCCAAAACGAGGGCAUCAGCGCUCUCGCGACGGGCUUCGGCCCGACCUUUGCGGGCUAUUUCAUGCAAGGCGCCUUCAAAUUCGGAGGAUACGAAUUCUUCCAGAAGAAGAUUUCUGAUAGCCUUGGCGCAGAGGCGGCCAAAAACAACCGCACCGCUGUAUAUAUGAUCUCUGCUGGUUCGGCUGAGUUCUUCGCCUCAAUUGCCCUGUGUCCCCUGGAGGCAACCCGUAUCCGCCUCGUCUCAACACCUGGCUUUGCUAAUGGCCUGAUUGGUGGCCUUGGAAAAAUUCUGAAGAAUGAGGGUAUUGGCGCCUUCUAUUCUGGCUUUGGCCCUAUCCUCUUCAAGCAGAUUCCUUACACCAUCACCAAAUUCGUUGCCUUUGAAAAGGUUUCCGAGGCUAUCCUGAGCCACUUUGAUAAGUCCCAGAUGUCUGCUGGUGCCUCAACUGCUGUGAACUUGGGAUCUGGUCUGAUUGGUGGUUUUGCUGCGGCCAUCGUGUCCCAGCCCGCUGAUACCAUGCUGUCCAAGAUCAACAAGACCAAGGGUCUGCCCGGUGAGAGCACUGUCUCUCGGCUGGUCAAAAUUGGUAAGGAGCUUGGUCUGCGUGGAUCUUUCACUGGUCUCCCGACCCGUCUGUUCAUGGUUGGUGGCCUCACCGCGGGCCAGUUCGCUAUCUACGGCGAUAUCAAGAAGCUUCUUGGUGCUACCAAAUAG